AUGAUCGGCAAGGGCGGCUUUGGUGAAGUCUACAAGGCCCUGGAUCUAACAACAGGCGAGCGAAUUGCAGUCAAGAUUGAGCAUCCGACGGCAAAGAAGAAGGUGCUUCGGCUCGAGGCUGGCGUGCUGCGGCGGCUCCAAGGACGCAAACACAUCCCGCAGCUUCAUGCAUGCGGUCGAUAUUUGACGUAUCCGAUAUCAUCAUACGGACCGGGGGUUAACGUCGACGAUGUAGCGUCGACCUAUGUGGUCAUGCAACUACUGGGGCCCAAUCUCUCCGAGGUCCGAAAGAAAACAAAGACGGGCAGGUUCAGUUUAUCAACGACGGCGUUGCUGGGAAAGCAGAUGAUCAAGGCCAUCCGGGAGAUUCAUGAAAUCGGAAUCAUCCAUCGCGACAUCAAGCCAGGCAAUUUUUGCAUUGGACUGCCGAGCACAGAAGGGCAGCCGGGAUGCUAUCUUGUUGAUUUUGGACUCGCUCGAAAGUUCACGAACGGCUCUGGACAGCAUCGAUACCCGCGAGAAAAGGCGGGAUUCAAAGGCACAGCGACGUAUGCUUCCUUGCACGCACACCAGGAAAAGGAUCUGUCUCGGGUGGACGACUUGUGGCCGCUGCUAUACAUCACGAUAGAGUUCCUCAACGGCCAGCUCCCGUGGAAGGGCAAGGAGAAGGCUGAAAUCAAACAUCUCAAAGAAACCAUGUCGAUGCACGACCUGUGCCAGGGAUUGCCAGAGCCCGUGGUAGAGCUCUAUCGCUAUCUAGCGUCGCUGCAGUUCUUUGACGAGCCCAGCUACGACUAUCUCGAGAGCCUUUACGACCGGCUGCUGCAGCUCUCGGGGUGCCCGCCCGACGUUGGCUAUGACUGGGAGACACCGCCAGAAGGGAUGCCGUCAAAGCUGGAGCAGCUCGCCCGGUCGGAUCCUCAGUUGAAGAAGACGCAAGUGGCCUCAUCGAUGACGACGAUACCACUGUCGGUGCGGGAGACGAAUGCGGUAGAGAAUGCCACGAUGGAGGGCAAUGGCCGAAGCGAUGUCCCAAGCCAACGGGAGAACCGGUCCUCCGUCGAGCGCGAAUCGCGCGAGGAUCUGAUGAGCACACGCAUUUGGAAGGAGAAGACGCUGGAUGAGCUGGACCGGAUCGGGUCAAACAGCAAGCUGCAUGGCAGCUGCCCCUUGAUCGAGCAGUCCCGGAGCCUGCCAGAGAAGGGAACAGCACCAGCGGUCCAGCUGUCGACGUCGUGUCCUCGGUCCGAGUCGAUGGCGAUGUGCUCGUCCGAGCUUAUACCAAGGUAUGUGGACAUCCAGCGGCGUCGGAGGUGA